UAGUUUAUUCAUUCUUUGGUGUCAAUCGAGUAAUCCGAGUACCUAUUAUUUUAAAAUAUAUAUAUUUUUCUGCUUAGAUUUCUGCUAUCAAUGUACAAAUCUCUUUACAACUAAUUCACAAAAUUAUCUUAAAUUUACGCUGUGUACAGGGACGUCAGUCUCAUUGUUAUCAGCACAGGCCACAGACGCUGCGCACAACGCACAAGUGCCGUAAGCAGUAAGUGGGCACCGGGCACGCAUAGACAGCCAGUCGACGAGGUGACACGGUAGCGAGCAGCCGCGCCGCAGCACGAGCCAGCAUAGCAUCCAGUGAGCAGGAUGACCGAGGAGGUGAAGCUGUUCACGCGGGAGGAGCUGAAGGCGCGCAACAAGCGCACAGACGCCGUGCUCAUCAUACACAACGGCGUCUACGACGUCACCAAGUUCCUCGACGAGCAUCCCGGCGGUGAGGAGGUGCUGCUGGAGAAGGCUGGCCAGGACGCCACGGAGCCCUUCGAGGACGUCAGCCACAGCUCCGAUGCUAGGUCUCUUAUGAAGAAGUACAAAAUCGGCGAGCUGGUGGAGGCGGACCGCACGGCAAACAAGGCUGCGUACGCGCCGGACUGGAACAACGACCAGCCGCAGGAGCAGGGCAACAGUGCGUGGAGCUCGUGGCUGGCGCCGCUGGUGCUGGGCGUGGCGGCCACCAUCCUCUAUCGGUACCUGUUCGCGUAGCCUCACUUCUGCCCAGGCCACCGCCCGCCAUCACCCGCAACCAGCCGCCGCGCGACGCCUCUCGCCACUACCCCAAUAUUUCUAUAGGUACUACUUAACUAUCUAAAUACGAAAAAUAUAUUGGUCGCAGCAAAAAUGGCGUGCCAUCGCACACCAGUCCUUCGCCCAACCCUACGAAUAAAAGUUUCUAAUAAGACUUAUUAUUUAUUUGUAGGCCCAACCAGUAAAAAAAGCAUUAAAUGUUUUUUAUACUUCCACUCUUUAAGCUCUUUAAGCCUAUUUUAACUGUUCUAGGUACAUUGCUACGAGCGAUACUAUUUGCUUGGCGCUCUUUCGGGUACUCUUUUCUUUCCAUCCACUUUUUUACAUUGUAUGUAUGUAUGUAUGAGAUUGACAACACAAGUAUUUCUAUGUUGUUUUGAUAUUGUAAUUGCCAAAUAUUUGUAAACCUUACCACUGUAAUAUUUCACAUUUAUGGUUCACCACAAAUGAUCUGAUACCAUUUUGUGUAUUUACUUCUGAAAUUAUAUUUUGAGAAGAUUUCAAUCUAUAGACAAUAAUAUGAAGAGAGAGAUUACAAAUACCUAUUUAAGUUUAUAUGAAAUAUGUUUUUAUAAUGAUUAAUGAUACAAUUUGGCACAAGGUGUGAAAUGAUUGAACCUCUAUUGAAGUGUAGAUAAGUUUUAUUUGCUUUGUAAUUUCUGGAUGUAUAGUAUUAAGGCAUUCUUGUAUGAAACCAGAGCGAUUUUAGUUUACCUUGGCCAUGACUUGUAAAGUGGCAGACAAAGAAAAAGUUAAAAGAACUAUGAAUCUUAUAAAAUAUUUUUAAUGCCUUUAGCAUAAGCAAUAAUAUUUGUUUAGAAUGUGUGGUUCGUAUUGUGGCUUGUAUAGACCGGGGGUAUCUUGGGUGCUGAUGUUAAGAGUAAAUAUGUUUGUUACAAUGUCAAUUAUAUAUGUAUUUACGUAACAACACAUUAUACAUGUUCUUACGAUGGGUAGGAGGUGCACAAACUAUAUCUAUGUUAAAUUACCAUAUUAAUGCUUCAGGUGUACAUAUACAAUGCUAUAAAAGAAACUGUAAUGAGGAAUACUUAAAAUACACUCCACAAAGGAAUGUUUAUGUUCACAUCAGCCGUGCAGCCAGUGCAUGUGUUGUGUGGACAGUCAGACUGAGUGGCAUUUACCUGCAUACAUGGCCUUAUUUAAUUGGUAUUUUCUAAGUUUAACAUUUUAUACAAAAAUUGUAUGACAUUGAAAUAUUUAGGAAAUUUUAUGUAAAUUAUUUAUUCUUAUUUUGUGUGGGUUAUGAGAUCAAUUACCAAGGGUUAUAAGAUCAAUUACCAACCUCAUCAACCCUGGAGCCAGGGUUACUUUCAUUUAAAAUGAGUUUUGUUGUAUAUGCAUAAAUUAAAUAUUAUUUGAAUUAAUAAAGGAUUUUUAUUUUA